AAGCGAUUCAAGAAUUUUACUUCGUACGGUAGUCUACAUUCUAUAUUUACAAGACAAACGAUGUCAUAUGAUAUAAAAAUCGAAAUUUGGAUUAAAGAGAUUGUAUGUACGAAAAAGUCGAUGAUUUUCAUGUAAUACAUUAUCCGAAAAUAAAAUGUUUAGUCAAAUUUGUUGGAUUUUUGUCAGUUUCAUAAUUUAUGUUCAAGCAAGCGGUGAGUUUGUAUUAUUACACACACCAGAUAGUGUAAUUUUUAAAGGUAAUAAAGAAAUAGAUCAAAGUCUUUUAAAGGAAGUAUUUUCUGCUUCACUUGGAUUCACAGUAAAGCAGAGAGCAACAUGGACUGGCAUGUCCAUUACUAAUCCAUUUAAUUUACCUGAAGCAAUAGUUGCCAUUGCUGUAGAAGGUAUUGAAUCUUUAGGAUUAAUUAAAGGUAAAAAGUUUCCUUUACACGUUGAUGAAGUUGAAGAAACUACUUGGCAGGCUUUAAGUGGUCGACUUGAAGAACGAGACAAUGAUAAUACUCUUGUUAGAAUUUAUCUUGGUGAUGGUCUAGAUGCUUUAGGUCAUUCAGCUCUAGGUGAACUCAAACCAACUACAAUUGAUGAAUCUUCUUUAAAAGCUCUUAGUCUAAAAAAAGAUGAAGAUCGCAAAUUCUUAGAAGAAGUACAAUUGCUUCAUGCUAUAGCGAAGAAAGUUACGUCAGCUAUUAGAACAGAUAAUAAACCAGAUGUUUAUUGGUUAGUUGUUUCUGGUUUACACCCAGUAUUUGAUACUCAUGGAAAAAAUUCUGUUGCUGCUAAAGAAGCUCUAAUUCUAUUAAAUGAAGCACUUCGUGAUGUUAGCAAAGCUUUUAUAGAUGUGUACAAAAGCCAGGUUUUAAUCGCUGCCUUUACUAAUGAUGCUAGUCAAGUUCGUCACACUCGUUCAAUUAAUUUGAGAGAACAAAGAGAUGCAGCAGAUGAUAAAACAAAUAAACUGGAAACAACUACGAUUAAAAUAGAGAGUAGUUCAAGCUCUCCGAAUGGAGUGCUCGAUGAAGAAUACAUGGCAAAAAUAAUUGAGAAAAAUGAUAAAGAACAUGAAAAAAUUCAAGAAAAAUAUAUAGAAGAUGAAAUCAAGGAUAAAAUAUCUGACAUCUCAGAUAAGGUUAACGAAAGUACACAUGAACCUGAUCUCAAAGAAUAUUUUGAUGAUUUCACAUAUUAUUAUAAGAAAUCUUUAGAGCUGAAAGAUUUGAAUAUAGCCAAUGUUUAUUCUGAAGAUUAUCCAGUUAUUUUCAACAUAAUACUCUGGUUUGGUGUUGUAUUUUUCUUUUCUCUCCUUGCAAUUUGUUUUACCAUUGCUGAAAUGGAUCCAGGGCGUGAUUCCAUUAUUUAUAGAAUGACAUCCAACAGAAUGAAAAAAGAUAAUUAAAGACUAAAAAAUAAACUUA